AUGGCAGCACUGAUGAAUCAGGCCGGCGCACAAGCAAGUGGUGAGAUGGCUCCAUCGCAGCCAGAGAAGAAGCCUAUGUCGAAGCUGAAGGAGCAUCUCAACCUGACACAACUCUGUGUAAGCUUUCCCUUCCUCGUCGACAGCAGCGUUGGCAUACGCCGGCCCCUACUCGAACGGACGAUCAUAUUCAUCAUCAUGCAUCUCAUCCACAUUGGCGCGUCGACUUUGAUGUUCAAAGUACACGGAACCUGGGCCGUGUUGUACGCAGCUGCUCCUGCCUUUGCUGCUUGCGGACUGGCCAUUCAUGCAGCAAUUCACCCGGAGAUAGAGAGGUCUGAGGGCAGAUGGAUGAUGAGCGCGUACUGCGCCAACAUGAUGCUUGCACAUCUGUUCAGCGGUGUGAUACUUGCAUAUAUCUGCUGGCUACGACUUCGAAACGAGGGCUCGGAACCCGAUAUGGCUGUCGAUGAAGAGGGAGGAAAUGCUGUGCUCGAGCUGCUCCCGGACGUGGACCAAAGUCGCGAGAAAGAUAUUUUCGAUGCCCGAGCAUGA